AUGUCGAGACGAGCCCCAAAUCCCGGCGCCGAGCGGGCGGCGCAGAACCAGGCGACCAUCAAGAGUCUCCUGAAGCUCGAACCCAACAAAGUCUGUGCCGAUUGCAAGCGGAACAAGCACCCCCGAUGGGCCAGCUGGAACCUGGGCGUCUUUGUCUGCAUUCGAUGCUCCGGCAUUCACCGUGGCAUGGGCACCCACAUCAGCAGAGUCAAGUCGGUCGACCUCGAUUCAUGGACGGAUGAGCAGCUCCAGAGCGUGCUGAACUGGGGCAACGCGCGCGCCAACAAAUACUGGGAAGCCAAGCUGGCGCCCGGCCACACGCCGUCCGAAUCCAAGAUCGAGAACUUUAUCCGCACCAAGUACGAGCUCAAGCGAUGGACAAUGGACGGACCGAUCCCAGACCCCUCUACCCUCGAUGCCGCGGCCGACGACGACGUUCCCCUCAGCCUGGUCAAGGAGAAGCAGGUCGUUGAGAGGAACGAAUCCAUGAGGAAGGCCUCGAGUGGACAAUCCCAGGCACCGCGAAGAUCUCCUCUCCCGGCUCCUGCCGUGGGAGAUCUCAUCGGUGGCGAUGACCCUGUGCCAGUGCGGGCGAAUAGCGGACCUCCCGUUGGUAGAGUCACCCCCAAGGCCGAUCCCGCCCCUCCUAAGACGACUGGCACCAAGGACUCAUUGCUCGGCCUCGAUUUCUUGGGUGAAGCCAGCGCACCGCCGCGGCCAGCGAGCACGCCAGGGGUCAGCAGCUCUGGAGGCCAGUCAAGACCUGACCUGAAACAGUCCAUCUUGUCACUAUAUGCCUCUGCCCCUAAGCCGCAACCCCCGCAGCAGCAGUAUCAACAGCAGCAUGGAUUUGGAGGCCCGACCUCUCCAACCAUGAGCCACCACUCUCCCCAGGGCUCAAUGGGCGGCUUCAACGACGCCUUUGGCAACUUGAACCUGGCAGCUGCCAAGCCAGCGCCAGUCGACCCCUUUGCGAGCUUCGGCACCAGGGCGGCAGCGUCUCAAUCAAACAACAGCAAUGCAUUUGGCGGCCUGAGCGGGGGCAGCUUCUUCGACUCGAAGCCUGCGCAAUCUCACCAGUCCAAGCCCUCCAACUCCAGCUCUGGAUUUGGCGGAUUCGGAGCCUUCUCAACGCCUGUCGCCGCUGCCCCGGCCGCCCCCAAGGCGUCGUCUGCCAUGGAUGAUCUCUUCGAUUUCUCCACGCCCGCCACCCAGCCGGUGUCUCCGCCAAUCGCCCAACCGAGCGUCCCGGUGUCCAGCUCCGUCUUCAACCUCUCAUCUCCCCAGAACAAGCCCGCUGCUCCCGUGCCUGCGCCUGCGGCUGCACCCGUGAUUGGUGGGGCCAACAUGUCGGGAGCUGAUGUCUGGGGUGGGAAUGAGUGGAGUAGUGCAACGACGGCCGCUCCGCUGGCCCAGAAGAGCCCUUCGCUGCCAAAGCCGGCUUCGACCAGCCUUGGAUGGGAGGGAGCGUCGUCUUUCGCCAACACGCCGAUUGUUCCCGGAUCCAACGGCGGCUUCAACCCGGCUCCCAAGGUUGCCGCCGAUGAAGAAUUUGGCGGCUGGACGAGCAGCACCGGGCCGACCACCUCUGGCACGGCGGCUAAGGGAGGCUUCGGGGGCGACGAAGAUUUGUUCUCUAACGUUUGGCAGUAA